AUGCAAAAACCACCAUCAGCUAGUGAAGCUCAAAAAAAUGCUAUGCGGAAACAAAAAGAAGCUAUAGAACAUAGACAGAAGGAAGAAAAAAAUAUGAUCAAUAGAUUCAGAAAGCGUGUUGAGGAAAAGAUAAGUGACUUUGUAAAGAAUGUUAAUAAACCUCACAUUCAGUUUGAACCGAUGGAACAAAUGUAUAGAUCUAUUAUAAGAGAAAUAGCUGAAACUGCUGGAUUGCAGGUCUUCUCCUUUGGGCAAGAAGGCAUUGACCGUUAUGCUGUAGUUUACUCCAAAGAUAAUCCACCAUCAGAGGACGAGUUGACCGUACGUAGAUCAGGCGGUAUAUGGGAUGAGGAAAAAGCGGCUGAAAUGGCAUUGAAACAUAUAGAGGAAAAGAGACAAGCAGCUUUCGAUUUAGAAAUGGAAAAGAAUAGAAAAAGGAAACGUGGGAAGGAGGAAUUGAGUGGUACUUUCUAUAAGCAGAAGUAUGCUCAUUUGAUUGGUGAAGAUGCAGCCAUAAGUGCAGCUCAAAAGACGAACAUGAAUAAAAGCUAUGGAGAAGUGCCGAGUGAAAAUAAGAAAGAUCAACGGUCCAUUGAACAAACAAUGGCCGAUAUAAAAGCAAAGAAGCUGAAGAAAGCCGAGACGGAGAAAGCUGAUGCGGAUAGCAGUAAUCAAGUUUAG